UCUUUUAGUCUUGGCCACAGAGAAAGAAGACGCAUCACUGCUGACAUGGCACACUGGAUGUUGAAGGUUUUUGUCUUCAUAUUUAUUUUCCUGAGCUCCACAUUGAGCUAUGCUUUUAAAGUGAUCCAGCCCAAGUUUCAGAACGUUAACCCAGACAAAACAGCCAUUAUCAGCUGUGAACAUGAUGCAAAGAAUUUUCGCCUUCAGGAUGUUCGACUGUUCAGAAUUUCACAGAAUGGCAAAACAGUGAUGGUCGCCCAGAAAGGAAAUGAUUCCACCAAAAGUAUUGCCAUGUUUCAUGAGAAUCCCUCAAAGUUUGUUUUCAUUUUACUGAACGUCGGAGCAGAAGAAAUGGAAUCCACCUUUCAGUGUAACAUAACAGUGGAAAUGGGACAUGUGGAUCACACCAGAAACGGAACACCAACCAAACUAAUGCCAGCAGAAAGGGCCCCUCUGUGUUCUAGCCCUCCUCCUCCCUCUCAGUCUAACGAGCUCACAUGGAUUUUGAUUGGAGUGCUGGCUCUGGUGCUCCUGUACAGCUGUGUAAUCACUUGCCUCUGUGCCAUACGGACGAAAAACACCAAAGCUGUUGAGAACUCCACUUAUGUGGUAAUGAAGCCUCCUCUUCAGCAGAGUCAGUAUGAAGAUGUCUAUCAUAUGCAAAUGCCUCCUGCUUAGUGUUUGUACUGAGUUUGAGCGUUUGCAACUGCCUGUUUAAGUGGUGUUAAAAUAGUAUAUAACCAGCAGAACGGGCCAAAGACUGCCUGAAAAGAUUCUCAUCAAAAGAUGAACCAGUAUAUAGAUUUGGAACACUUUCAGGUCAAAAAUUAAAAAAAAUAUAUAUAUGGAGAUCAAACUGAUGAUAAAUGUCAUGGAUAUACAUGUUAGAUCGGCUUUCAAAGAGUUUAGUGUUCAAAUAGAAAAAUCUGAAUUGAAGUUGUUCUGUGUCUCCAUUUGUGAAUACAAAAUAUCAUCUUUUUUCUCUUCUAUGUUGCUUUUAGUUUACAUAUUUUAGUUACUUAAAAAUAUGAAGAUUCGGUUUAUUUACACACUUUAGAUUAAAAACCAAACGCCAACUACUACAGAUAAGCAUUUCUGUAGAGCUUCUGUGGUUUUCCUUGGAAGUCUAAAAUGAAUCAACUUAUGUAAAUAUAAAGCACAAAUACAAAGACUAUGAAUAUAAAGCAACAAUCUAGUUGCUGUGUAUAUGUCUACCUCUAGGGAACAAGGAAGAAGCUGUAACUAUCGACAUGUAUUAAACCACUUUAUUUUAUUUGUCACCUUUAUGCAUACAAAUAAAUUUCAAUGUUUGUAAAUAUUGUGCUGUGUUCGUUUCAUAGUUUGUCACGUUUUUCAAUGAAAACACAAAUAUUUUGGA